AGUGCCAAGUAGGUGUUGCUGGCGAGAGGGUGUUCGCGUGAUGGUGCUCCGUGCAUCCACCACUGUGCGCUGUAUCCUGCUGCUGCCCUUGACCUCAGGAGCGAUUCUGUGUUCCGCAUGAUGUGUUCCCUGCCUGGCAUGUCCUAGGGCAGCACGAAGAGCAGAGCCGCACCGCACACACCCACGACACCCGCGCGUCGCAACACCGAGCCUAUCUCUCACGUGAGAAAGUUUAGGUAGCAGCGGUUCCGUGAGCGUGAUGCGUGGUGCGGGCCGAGCCUUUCAGGUGUGAUUACUUGACUGUCCGCGCCGCCUCGUCCUCCCCUCCCUUUCCUUCUGCUGGUUGUCCCCAAUACCACCACCACCGCCACCAUGCAGCAGACGGGGGUGCCCAAGGCCGUCUGGCAGCGGCGCACCAACAAGAUCAUAGCUGCCGGAAUCACCAUCAUCGGGCUUACCAUGAUGCUUUCUCUUAUCCCGCAGUGCAUUUACAUCGGCAUUGUCUUCGUCUCCUGCUCCUUAGUGUGGCUCGGCUGGAUGACGGUGCGUGAAAAGAAGGUGGAGCCUCCCAGACCAGAAGGACAGCACCCCACCUCCCCCGUCCUCUUCCUCGUCGCCUCACACCACUUGUCCAAUUCAUCGAGAAGCCCCACGUUGCCAGAUCCCGAGGACAAACCGCCCACCUAUGACCAGAUCCUCAAGCUGGACGGCGCCCCUCCUGAUUACUUCUCCAUCCUCACCGAGAAACCGCCCAGGUACGAAGACCUGAGCCCUGGGCUGGGAUGGGGCGCUUGUGCCAUGCCUGCUGAGUUGUAUCCUGCCGAUCUUGCCUGCGUGCACCAAGCCCCUUCCCUGCACCCACACUCCUCGUCAGCCUUCCUGCACGAAGCUCCGUUGUCCUGGGCGGCCGCGCAGACACAGGCCGCUUCUUACACUGCCACCCAUAACCCGGCCUUCGCGAGAGACACCCCAAGUUUGCAGUCUUUAGUGGAGGACCAUGAAGACAAGGAGGCUCAGGACAGAGAAGCUCAGGACACAGAAGAAACUCAGUCACUGAACAAGAGCAUAGAACCCGUGGACCAGAGCGCGGCGUGAACGUCUCCGAGGAUGUCACACUGCCAAUCUUGAGACAAGCCCUCCAGCCACCGUCCUCCUGCCGCCCCGAGGAGUUGGGCCAACAACUCCUCAGGCGGCUCAGGGCACCAGUCCGCGGGAGUGUGGAGUGCGGAGUGUGUCGAUGAGCAUGAGCAUUCCACUUGCAUUAUUGUGUUCUCGCGGCUGACGAUGACUGCAAACUCAUGGGAAAGGAGGAUAUUCAUGAAUGUAUAAAGUAAGAUGAAUAUCCAGUAAAUAAAAGUGAACACCUUCCCAAACAGAACAGUGAGAAUGUGUAGGAUAAUCUGAAGCUUCCCGCGGUCAGGUGGGAAAGUAUGGCAUCGAAACACCUGUUCAUUCACUGGUGGUUCGACACAGUCCCACGGAGAACCGUCUCCGAUGCUACCAAAGUCUUUUGUCCCGUGAGGCCGUGACUCCAGGCCGUAUUGGCCGCAGUGACUCGCCCACCUGACACGCGGCGUUCCUCCAGUCACCAGUACAGUGUGAUAUACUGACUGUGUGCAGCCUUGUACACACGUCUCGUGUGAAUGUAUUUCUCAGCGUCUUUCUGUAGUACUAGCUAGUCCUCGCAACACCCGCCCCCCGCGUCCCUCAGGUGGGAUGCACCUGGACCCGCCUUAAUAAUGUAGGUUUACCACUAAAAAAGUUGCAGGACUCCGCCUCAACUUCAGGCCAGAACGUAGGAUAAGGUGCAGCAGGUUCCUAACAACGCCCUCCUCUUCCCGGCACCCACACCAGCCUCGCCGCGCCGCACCACCAGCAGCCAGCCACCCGCAGUGCUUCUGUCUCAGCCAUCGCGAUAUGCGCCGGGAUCUGGGACGAGAUAGGCUAGCCAUGAGAAGGAUAUCAGGCCAGAGUGUCCUGCGAGGCUGGGCUGGAGAGUGGUUCAAGAGAGAAUCAUCAAGUUUAGCCAUGGAAGGAAUCAAGUGUCGGAUCAGGAAUAGAUACGCUUUGUCAGGCUACAAGAGGUUGUCCUCGUUAAAAGACUUCCGUGACCCAGGUGUUAGAGUCAGCAGGUGAUGGUGAUUGCCAAGGCGUGAAUGUGAAGGAACUGUAAUGGCAUUGAUGGAUCAGCCCCCACUGAGAGGAGGCCACGCUCCGUUGCCUCGCCGGCAUGUUUUCUUGUGAUAUCUAUUCUAUAUUUUUUUAGCUCCUUUCUACAUUAAAGAAAAUAGCUAAUAUA